GUUAGAGAUCUGAGAUGGCGGUGCCACUCACGAUGGUAGCGCAUAUGCUGGGCACUGCGGCAGCGGUUAUGGUGUUGGUUUGGUGCAUCCAUUUCAGAGGAGGUCUUGCCUUCAAAGCCACAAACAAGUAUCUCAUCUUCAAUAUUCAUCCGGUGCUGACAUUAAUUGGAGUCAUAAUUCUAGGUGGUGAAGCCAUAAUCUGUCACAAAUCUGUUCCAUUUUCGAAAGGAGUGAAGAAAUUUAUCCAUCUCACAUUGCACGCCUUUGCCCUCAUCCUUGGCAUUGUAGGCACCUACGCUGCAUUCAAAUUUCACAAUGAGAGCUCCAUUCCCAAUCUCUUCAGCUUCCAUUCUUGGAUGGGGAUUGGAGUUAUCUGUCUUUAUGGUAUUCAGUGGAUAGUUGGGUUCUUGGCGUUCUUUUACCCUGGUGGAUCAGCCGGAGUUAGAGCGCAAUCACUUUCACCGCACGUAAUCUUUGGGCUAUUCUUGUAUAUAUUGGCCGUUGCCACUGCCUUACUGGGCUUUCUGGAGAAGCUUACCUUCCUCGAGAACUCCGACGUCGCUCGUUACGGAACGGAGGCUUACUUCGUCAACUUCACCGCCGUCGUUACUGUUUUGUUCGGAGUCUCCAUUGUGUUGACUGCUAUUUCUCCACCACGUGCAACUACAGUUGCAGAGGAACCAGACAAAUCAGAUAUAGAAUUUUUUGGGACAAGAAAAAAAUAA